AAGGUAUUGUCUACUCACGACUUUGUGCCUCAUUUCGGUAUGAAAGUGAAUGCUGAGAUAUAUUUUACGACUGACCAAAUAAAUUUUUAAGACAGGAUGGAGGAGAAUAAAAAACUCUUUCAACAUUAUAGUUUAAGGUAGCAUGAUUCAAAUAUUCAUAGCGCACCUUAAUCGAGAAAAUUAUGCAAAGUACAGUUAUAAAAGAAAAGAGUAGUAUUAAUUGCAUUAUCUGAUUACAGACAGGGAUAUUCAAAACCUUACUGAUGAGUCUAUAGUUACAUAUCUUUUUUGGAGAUGGAUAAUAAAAGUAAGGAAAGUGAAUCCUCUGCAACUCAAAAUUUAAAAACAGAUCAACAGUUGGAUUCAGAACAGAACCAAAAAUCAAAUAAGGAGACACUUGACAAGGAGAUUGAUUUGAAAAGCAAUACGUUAGAGCAGGAUACUGUAAAUAUAGAAAGGCUACCGAUAGCGAACGUUGGAAAUUAUGAUUCUAAACCAUCCUAUGGUUUCUCUGAAACAGAGCAAAUAAAUGAAAUUCAGAUUGAAAAUUAUCCCGGUCCUGAUCCUGAAUCAAGGACAACAUUAGAGGGAACCGCUAUAGAAACAUUGAAAACAUCAGAAAAAUUGGAUUUGGCGAUAAACAAAAUACCAAAGACUCCAAGUCUACAGACAAUGAUCACAUUGGAGGCAACGGAUCCAGAGACACGGAUUACACCAGUUACAUCAGAUGCCACACAUCAAGAGACAGGAGUACGAUCAGAGGCAGAGAAUCUAGACACAAUGAUUAAAUUAGAGGCAACAGAUCUAGAUAAAAGAAAACAACCAGAGACAACGAAUCUAGAGACAAGGGAAACACCAGAGACAACAGAUCAAAUGGAAAGGAGACCAACUACUGAUAUUUCUGACGAUGAAAAAUCGACAUCAAAUAUGGAUGAACCGACUUCGCCAAAUUCUACAAUUUUAAUUGACAAUCCUGUUUCUGGAUCAAGUUUUGCAUGGGAAAUGAAACAAUUUGAUAGUCCAAAAACGACUGAUCGUCAAGAAGAAAACCAACCAUAUUCUUCGCCAGUUAUUUUAUCACCAGAGACAGCAGGAAACUGUAAUGUUCUAACACGUAGGCAUAUACCACGAAAUGAAGGCCAGGAAUCGCCGAUUAAUACACUAAUUGCAGAAGAAAAUGAUGAAUGGAAGAAGAAACCUCAUUUUGAAAGACGUAGGAUGUUUAACCUAACAAAACAUAUAAUUUCCAUUGUGCUUAUUAUUCUCGAUCUGGUGUUUGAUUGGGUCGAAUAUUCUGAAAUGAACAAAAGAGGAAACUAUACACUCGUUGCAGAACGAAGAGUUAAAGAUGUAGAAUUCACCAUCGAAUGCGAAGGAAGUGGUAAAACUGUGCAAUUUGUUUUUCUGGUAUUUACCAUAGUAGCAACAAUAUUAUCGAUGGUUCAGAUUUUACAUAUUAUAUACCAAAUGUUUCAUGAAACAAAAGGUGUGGUGAUAGAUAAAAAGAUUAUCCAUGAAUACGUUGAAACGUUCGUGUUUUUAUUUUUUAUUGAAAUUUCUCAGAUAAUGCUGAUUAUGGGAUUUUAUGAUGUUUGCACAUUGGACUGUACUGUAGAUGCAACUGAAAUAUUAUUGGUUCUUAACGGACUAUUUUCCAUCUCUAAGGUAUCAUGGCGUUUUUUUACAAGUUGCAAAUGUUGUACGGUGUAUUGGAAGAAUCCAAUUCGUCAAUCCUCUGUCAAAAGACAUUCCAUAAGGACUGAAAGUCCACGACAUAUCGGUAGAAGAGAAAAUCCACCACUCUAUAGACACCCUGCAACACAAACCAAUAUAUCAAACAGUCCCAGCCAGACACAAAGAGACACAGAUUGUUGUAGAUCGUGUGAAUGUAGUGAAAACACCAAAACAUGCUUUAUGAUAAUUUUUUUACCGUUUCUUGUCUUGCUCAUUCCUAUUUUGCCCUGCAUACUGGUUUACUACAUCGCCAAAAAAUUUGACUGUGAUUGUGAUGUUUGUGAUUCGAAAGUUGGGGAUCCGGAAAGGGCACAAAACAAAUGGAAAUGUGAGCGGUCUUGCAAAUGCUGCAUCUUAAGAUGUUUCCCUUCCAGAUUUCCGGAACGAGACACAGAAGCUUGUGAUUGUACUUGUAAACAGUGUUUAUCUUGUGAAAAGUUUUGUAAAUGUUGUAUUGUAAGGUGUUUCCCAACAAAAUUAUCUAUCCCAAAAGACGAUGUCUUUGAAUGUAAAUGCGGCGAUUGCAUGAGCUGUGAAAGAAAUUGUCGAUGUUGUUUAGUACGUUGUUGCCCGACUCACCUUGUUCCACCUAAGUCUGAUGUCUUUACAUGUAGAUGUGGUGAUUGUAUUGCCUUUGAAAGACCUUGUAAGUGCUUUACAUUUAGAUGUUGUCCAACACACUUGAAUCCCCCUAAAAAUGACAUUUGGAAUUGUAGCUGUCGGGAAUGUUUGGCUUGUACAAUGCCUUACUGCCAAUGCUUCAUUUUUAGAUGUUUUCCUGAGUUUUUGAAACCUUCUCAUCCAGAUAUAUGUACAUGUAGAUGUGGGGAAUGUUUGUCGUGUGAUCUACCGUGCAAAUGUUUUAGUUUUCGUUGCUUUCCUGAACAUCAAAAACCUCCAAAAUCAGACUGGUUUGAAUGUACAUGUGGGGAUUGCAUGAAUUGUGAACGAAAUUGUUGCUGUUGUAUUUUACGAUGUUUUCCUUCGUAUGCAGAUGAAGAUGAUUUCUGUACAUGUAUAUUGAGAAAAUGUCUUGCAUGUCAAAAGUCUUUUGCAUGUUGUUUGUGCAGAUGUUUUCCCUCUGAACUGGAUCCCCCCAAAAUUGAAAUAUUUAAAUGCACAUGCGGAAAGUGCCUGUCGUGCGAAAAAAAAUGUUGCUGUUGUAUAAUGCGAUGUUGCCCUAGUGAUCUUCGUUCCCCAGAGGAUGAUUGGUUCGAAUGCACAUGUUGUAAAAAUUGUGUUACAAGUCAGGUACACCCUCCACCAAUGAUAUUACAACCACACCAACAAACACCACAAGCCCAACGAAUAUCGACUCCACCAUUACGUAUACCAAUACCCCAGCAAAAAUGCACAUGCGGAAAGUGCCUUUCGUGCGAAGAGAAUUGUUGCUGUUGUAUAAGACAACCACGUCUUCUAACCCCUCCAACCCGACGAAUAUCGAUUCCACCCUCACACCCACCACCAAUAUCUGUUAUUACAACACAGCCUAUACCACAACCAAGACCGGUUGUUAUUCCACAAGCAACCCCGAUUAUUAUACCACAAGUACCCAUGCUUCCGCCGCCUAAACAACGUAAACAGCUAUGCGGGAAUUGCAAUAUAAAAUGCAUAAAUUUUCUAGUUGCAGUAUUCAUACUUUUGGUUAUAGUGUUACUUCUGUUCUAUUUGUUUUUGUUGGUGGUUGAAAUUCAAUUUGUUUUUGUUUGUGUUGAAGGCGAAUGGCUGAUGCUGGCGACACAGGAAAUAUUUGUUCAAAACUAUUUGAAACUCUUUAAUGUUUAAGUACUUAAUCAGCGUGUCAUUUUGAUUUGUUAGUGCCAGAAGUGGAAUCUGUAAAAUGUGUCUACCUUUUAUAUGUAUGUGCAUAACUAAAAAUUAUUCAAUUGUUCAACAUUUGAUUUUUACUUUGUAGCCUGACACACAUUGCUUAGCAUUGUAUAUUCUUCUGUAUAAGGACACUUAUGGCUAGACUAUGCUAGUUUGUGAUAAAAUUGAGCAUGGAAAUGGGGAUGUGCACAUUUUGUUUUUAGUGUAUAUUUGAUAAUCAAUGAUACAACCAUAUUUAAUAGUUACAUUGUAUAUCAUGUAUUAUACAUUUGUAGUUGUUUUAUUUUGUCAUUGGAAGGUGAAGCAGGGGAUGGUAGUAAAAUUUGCUAUUUUUUUAAAAUCAAUCAUUUAAUCCCUUUAAACAUGAUACGUUUGUAAUAAAUCGAUUAAAACAUGGAAAACUAGGGUGAAAAAAUGUUGAAUGCACUUAAUUUAUUUUACUUCAGCGUUGACAAGUAAUAGAGUUAGUGUAGGAAUUUCAUGCGGAUCUACAGUGUUUGUAAACAAGGCCAUGUGAAUGGCCCAAAAAUGCCGAAUGACCCUAUGUAUUUAUAGUUUAAUCGAUCAUGGUGUAUUUAAAAAUUAAUGAACAGAUGAUGAUUUUUCAUUUUUUUC